AAUUGAAUUGAAAGAUAAGAUAAAGAUCGUACUUUAUAUCAAUACCAAAUACAUAUUAGCAUAUUGAUAAAACAUUACAAUGGGUGAAAGCAAUGGUAAAUAAUAUCACCUGUGUGUAUGUUACGUUUUCCUAGUAGUCAGGAUGGAACAUUUUGGCUUAUCUCAUAUUUUGUACGAGCCGGAUAAAUAUAGUCCGGAUACUUUAGAUUUAUUAAGUGACGAAGAAGCUAGAGAAUAUUGGCUGAAUACCUGUGAGAAGUUGGUCGAAAAGUAUGUUAAUUUUGCCCUCUCCAAUACUGAAGAUCAGACUGUUGAAAUAAGAGCUUUAAAAUUUAAGACUUGCUACAUAGAGGCUCUGAAGGAACUUAGGAUUAAUCCUCUUGCUCAUGGACAGUUGACUAUAAGAUUGCUUCUUGACAUCAACGAAACAUGCCUUCGUUCCCAGGGGUUUUUUGAUUUAUGGAAGCAGCAAAAGAAGUAUGAAAAUGAGACAGCGCUGGCCACUCUUGCUGUAAGACUGGCAGAAAUUGAUGCUUUGCAAGAUGAUAGACAAAGAUGGACAGAAUUGUGUAGAGGAGUCCUAGCUGGGAAUAUGUUUGAUUGGGGUGCACAAGCUGUAACUUCAAUAUUAAAUUGUGGACUUUACGAAGCUCUUGAUAAGAUUCAACAAAGACCAUGGCUAUAUGAUGGUUUAGAUAAAUGGAUGGAGAAAUUGGAGAAAACUGUCCAUCAUUGUGCUGCUGUUUUUGUUGACAACAGUGGUGUUGACAUAGUAUUAGGCAUUUUGCCAUUUGUGAGAGCUCUAUUAUUGAGGGGCACAUCAGUCAUACUUUGCGCUAAUGAGUGGCCUGCACUAAAUGAUAUCACCAAUGUUGAGCUGGAAGAAGUUCUUCAGCGUGCAUCCCUUGUUUGCCCUAUCCUGGCAGCUGCUAUAGCUACUGGGGAUUUAGUUGUUAGGUCUAGUGGACAAAGAGGUCCUUGUCUUGAUCUCAGAACCAUCAGUGUAGGUCUUUGCACUGAAAUGAAGAUGAGAGGAGUAGAUUUAAUAAUUUUAGAAGGAAUGGGAAGAGCUCUUCAUACAAAUUUAAAUGCGCGUCUUGCUGUAGAUUCACUGAAAUUAGCUGUAGUAAAAAAUGCAUGGUUAGCUCAGCGACUUGGUGGUCCAUUAUUUUCAGUAAUUUUUUUUUAUGAAGACAAACCUUCAGAAUCAUAAUGUAUAAAUUAAAUUAUUUGGAACAAAUACAGUAUUCCUUUGUAAAAUCAAGUCACUGGUUAUUUACCUAUCUAUAGAUAUAACUUCUAAAUUCAUUAAUCAAAACAUUCACAUUUUAGAAUGUUUAACCAUUCAUGUUGAUGUCCUAUGACUUUUUUGGAAUAUAUUGAGUGUUACCCUGGAA